AUGCCUCCAAACAACUCUCAAUUCCUCAGCAAGUAUGCUGUCAGCAGUAGCAGCAACAACAAGCAAAUAAACAUCGAUGAUUGCUUUGAUGAUCUUGAAAAUACGAUCAAUAAAUUGGAUGCAGUUAGCAUUCGCAAAGAUCAUACCCAAACUAAACCUAAGCAAUCUUUCGCAUACACCAAUCCUACAUCUGAAUGUAUUCCACAGGAACGACUGGAAGGUCCAGAUAUGAGUCGUAACUUGUCGCAAUUCCUUUAUCCUAAGCCUUCUAUAACUACACAUAUUCGUCCUGACAUGCAAGCCCCUAAUUUAGAUAGACAUGUGUCGCAAAUACUUGGUCCCCAAGCUUCUUCUGUGGCUGAUUCUACAUAUGGUGGCUAUAAUACGCAACCAGUUCGUCCCCCAGCUUCUGUGAACAAUUCUACAUUUGGGUAUAAGACGCAAUCCUCAAAUCUAGGUAGAGAAGUGUCUCAACCAGUUCGUCCCCCAGCUUCUGUGAACAAUUCCACAUUUGGGUAUAAGACGCAAUCCUCAAAUUUAAGUGGACAAGUGUCUCAAAUAGUUCGUCCCCAGACUUCUGUGGCCAAUUCUACAUAUCACGGUCAUAAAAUGCAAAAUCCAUAUAGACCUCAACGUAUGGAUUCUGUAAUUUUGGGGAAGCAAGGCUUCAACGCUGGUAAACCGCCAGUAAGUGGAUUUGCACCUUUAGCGGCAGACUCUAAUGUCCCUGUAGCUCCGGAGGUAGCCUCUGAUGUUCCUGUAGCUCCAGAGGUAGCUUCUAAUGUUCCUGCAGAUCCUACCAAGAAAUAUAAAGUGAUUACUGUGAAGAAAUUUUACCACGGAAGACCGCUUUUGAGAAAAGAUUAG